UCUAGCCGCCAGCUCCUCCUCCUAAAAAAAAGCCACAAGCCAAGUCGGAGUUUAAGUCGGGAUCUCAGUUCGGUUUGCGGCUCGAUCGGAUCGGUUGGGGGAAUAGAAAUUUAUUUGGUGACUGUGCCUCUGGGACAGGAUGUUCGUUUGAUCUCUCGACUGGAUUAAAACAAAUGCGAUUUGAAGAUGCUGCAUCUGCAUCGCCACCUGCAUCUCCUCUGGUUCCUCUGCGCUCUUUUGGGAUACUUUGCGCAUCCGGCGAGAGCGGAAAUCGAAUAUAAUACCAUCAACGAGGAUGGAUCUUUUCAGUUUCGACAUGCAAAUGAUGACAUUGGGGGCUACUAUCACAGCGCCUCGGGCACUCCGGACAACACGGUGCGAGGUCGCUACGGUUCGCGGAGUCCGGCGAGCGGCCAGAUCGAGGAGACGGUCUACACAGCCGGACCACGUGGGUUUCGCGUGAACGGACCGAAAAUCCAUCGGAAAAUGGAUCUGGCCCAGUAUCCGGUAUUGCCGCGGGGAAGUCCCGACGAUCCACUGGCCGAUCCCUUCGACGAUCCUUCUUAUAGCUUCAGUUUUCGCACUCCUGAUCAGUCGCGCAGCGAGGAGAAUGAUUCGGGCAAUAGGAUAAGGGGACUCUACUCCUAUCUGGACGAUGUGGGCGAGCGGCACAGUGUUCGAUAUGCAGCUGGAGCCGGAACUGGUUUCGAGAUCUCCAAUGCUGUGCCGGAUAGCCCGUCCACCGUGGCCUACUCCAGUCCCCUGUACAAGUCGCAUCCCAAGACGCGUGGCAAGAUGUCCGUUCAAAGAGGUCCAGCUGGAAGCUAUAAGCUGAUUGCCUCUGGUCCGGAUCACCGACGGGCAGAGAGCCGAGCUCCGGAUGGCCUGGUACGGGGCACCUACUCCUUCCUGGACGACAAGGGCGUGCAGCGAACAGUGGAGUAUAUAGCAGGAGCAGGCAUUGGCUAUCGGGUGGUGCAGAAUCGCAUUGGUCCCGGGACACACAUCAAUCCCUCCGUGGCCGAUUUCCGCCUGGCAGACCCCGAUUUUCGACUAGCUAAUGAUUUUGGCAGGGGUGCAGGUGGGGGUUUGGGUCCCAAGGGAGGUGCUGGUGCGGCAGGUGGCUCGAGUGGUUCAGGGGGAGCAGCAGGAUCAGCUGGUGGUGGUGCAGGCAGGGGUCGCACCCCAGGCAGACCCGGUGGCAAGGAUUACCUGAAGCCAGCUGAUGGCGGAAGAGUUAGGGAUCAGGGUGCGGGAGAUGCAGGGCCAGCGGAUGAGGAUCUCGGACCCGAUGAUGACAGCCAAGAUGGUGACUCUGGGAUUAGCACCAGUUCUAGUGGCUCCACUAACUUUGAUAACAAAGAGGAUCGAAGGGGAUUCCCAGCAGGAAGUGCCCAACGGGGCAGCACCAGAUAUGAUAGCGGAGGCAGUGGCUCACAGAGAGGAGGAGGUGGUUCCACUAGGACCAGUGUCAGUGGUUCCAGAGACAGAAACCAGUUCGGUGGAGGAGCAGGUGGAGGUAGUGGUGCCGCCGGAAGAGGACAAGGAAGGGGAGGAAUAGCACGCGGGGGAAGCUCUCGCCGAGGGGGAGGGGGUGGAGGAAGCGGAGGAGGAGGGGGCGGGGGAAGUGCCGCCUCCAGCGAAGGCGACUCCGGCCUGGGCUACCUGCCGCCCACAGGUGGAUCGGGCACCAGUGCCAUCAGCGGACCCGGGGACAAUUACCACCUCAACGAUGACGACGUGGGCAGUUCCCUGCCGCCACUGGUCACUGCCAACCAUCGCAUCCUGGAGAUCGAUCGGGAUCGGGAGUGGGUCCAGCGACAUCGCGACUCCACCGUGAUCAAGAACGUGGGCAAAUGGUAUGUGGGCCUGCCACCAGGCCAAAGUGUUCGUGCCCAUGUCCAGAACAUCGACAUUGUGCCGCUGGGCGGAAGGAUCGGUCUGUCGCCCUCGGAGGCACUGCGUCAGGAUGAGAUCGCCGAGCUGAAUGCCUCCCGGGAGCACUAAUCGGAUACUCCCCUCCUCUGAUUGGAUCAGUAGUUCGUAGUGCCUAGCUCUAAGUGAUCAGUGUUAAGUAACCGAAACUGGGUUGA